AUGUUAUUGUCAAGUGAAUCUUGGACGAAAAUAUUUAUCUUGUGCAAUUGUAGUUUUGUAGUGUUCGGUAUUGUUCUGUUAGGACUCGGAAUUCAUCCACAAAUCAUUUUAAGUCAAUUCAGUACUAUUUUACAGUGUACGAAACCUGCGAUCUUCCUGGCUGUAAGUAUCUCAGGAGGUCUUAGUGUAUUGGGAUCGUUUUUUGGAAUUUACGGUUACUUAAACAAACGGAAAGUAAUCGUUUAUUUGAAUAUUUUCGUUCUGCUUGUCGUGACUUGUAUGUGGAUCGGAAUGGCAUUUAAAGUAGCUUUAACAGAGGACAGGUUCUUUUUGUCAGCUGAUAGCUUGCUAAGUUCCGCUGUUAAACAAUAUGCCAAACGAAUUGACUAUCAAAUAGAGUUUGAUCAUUUACAAAUGAGUUUUUUCUGCUGUGGAGCGAAAUCAUACAAAGACUAUCCAAUUAUUGAGAGAAUAAUAAAAACACCUGAUUCAUGUACGUACGGUAAACUCGAAUUUCCCAGAGGAUGUGUAUCAGCGAUAAUUGAAUAUACACAAACUUAUCUAAAUAUAAUCAUGUAUCUGUGUUUCACAUUCGGGAUUAUUCAAGCUGUCUACUUGAUCUUGUCAAUUAUUAGAAUACGUAAAUUUGAAAGUGAAAAUUUUCUAUCUGCAUAA